GCGCACGUUGAAAUGAAGGACCCGCCGCCACGCCACUCACAGUACAGCAAGUACUAUGCUGACAACGACGAUGUCGAUUAUAACAUGAAAUCGCCGCUCGGUCCCAUUGUCAGCUACCCUUGCCGCAGCUUCUCCGCCGGGCCAGUCCAAGGCACACUAACCGCUGGGCGCCCGUUCCACGUACAAUUUGACGGCGUCGCAACGCACAUGGGCGGUGACUGCCAGUUUGCGAUCUCAUAUGACAACGGCACGACAUUUGCGGUGAUCUGGGACAAGCUCUCGAGCUGCUUCCUCGACACAAGCGGCGGCGGCUACGACGUCCCGAUCCCGGAAUUCCUGCCGGCAUCCAAGCACGCAGUGUUUGCGUGGACAUGGAUCAAUGGCCUUGGCUCGCGCGAGUACUACAUGAACUGCGCCGACGUGCGGAUCGAGAACUACGGGAAGCAGGAGCCGCUAACAGCGCAUCAGCUGCUGGUUGUUAAUUUGCCC